AUGGCUGAACGUGGUGGAACUCGUGGUGGCUUCGGAACACGUGGACGCGGCGGUGGUGAAGGCGGUCGUGGAGGAUUCAGAGAAGGAGGUCGCGGUGGAUUUGGCGAAGGUGGUCGAGGCCGAGGCGAAGGGGGCCGAGGUGGUCGAGGUGGACGUGGACGCGGUGGCCGUGGACGACGUGGUCAACGUCCAAAGGAAGAUAAAAAAACGUGGACUCCCGUAACAAAAUUAGGCCGAUUGGUUAGUGAUGGAAAAAUAAAAAGUUUAGAAGAAAUAUAUCUGUUUUCACUACCAAUUAAAGAGGCUGAUAUCAUUGAUCUACUAUUGCCCGAGUUAAAAGAUGAAGUAUUAAAAAUCAUGCCCGUACAAAAACAAACUUGUGCCGGUCAACGUACACGUUUCAAAGCUAUUGUUGUUGUUGGUGAUGGCAAAGGUCAUAUUGGUUUGGGUGUAAAAUGUUCAAAAGAAGUAGCAACAGCCAUACGCGGAGCAAUUAUUUUAGCAAAAUUAUCUGUUAUACCUGUGAGAAGAGGAUAUUGGGGAAAUAAAAUCGGCCCAGCACAUACUGUACCAUGUAAAGUUACAGGUGAAUGUGGUAGUGUAAUAGUACGUUUAAUUCCUGCUCCACGUGGUACAGGUCUGGUAUGUGCACCUGUACCGAAAAAAUUACUUCAAAUGGCUGGAAUUCAAGAUUGUUGGACUAGUUCAAGAGGAUCAACAGCCACUUUAGGCAAUUUCGCCAAAGCCACUUAUUCUGCCAUGUCAAAAACGUACAGUUAUUUAACACCUGAUUUAUGGAAAGAGACAAUUUAUACAAAAACACCUUAUCAAGAAUUCAGUGAACAUUUGGCUAAUACACAAAAGAAAUUAACAACUGGCAUUGAAAAAGGAGAUUUACAAUAA